GUAUUGCCCGAGUUCAGAGGUCGUGCGCAUGCGCUGUUUUCAACACACGGCGGCUUCACACAGAGCUGAUGCUCGCUAACUAGCUGAAUCAUUUGGUUUAAGUUUCCUCUUUUCCUGUGAUUGUGCCUGUAUUACAGUGCAAUGGCGGCCAGAUAUGACAGAGCUAUUACAGUGUUUUCCCCUGAUGGUCAUCUCUUUCAAGUGGAGUAUGCACAAGAAGCUGUAAAGAAAGGUUCUACAGCGGUGGGAAUCAGGGGUAAAGACAUUGUUGUCCUUGGUGUUGAGAAGAAAUCCGUAGCAAAGUUGCAGGAGGAAAGGACUGUCCGUAAGAUAUGUGCCCUGGAUGAGCAUGUCUGCAUGGCAUUUGCAGGUCUGACAGCAGAUGCUCGUAUCGUGAUAAAUAGAGCUCGGGUUGAGUGCCAGAGCCACAGGCUAACUGUUGAGGACCCAGUCACAGUGGAAUACAUCACACGCUACAUAGCUACACUGAAACAGCGCUACACUCAAAGCAACGGCCGCAGACCAUUUGGCAUCUCUGCGUUAAUUGUUGGCUUUGACUACGAUGGGACUCCCAGACUGUAUCAGACAGACCCAUCAGGAACCUACCAUGCCUGGAAGGCAAAUGCAAUCGGCCGUAGCGCAAAAACUGUGCGGGAGUUCCUGGAGAAGAAUUACACAGAUGAAGCCAUUGCUGGGGACAAUGAGGCAAUCAAGUUGGCUAUCAAAGCGCUGCUUGAGGUUGUCCAGUCAGGAGGGAAGAAUAUUGAACUUGCUGUCAUCAGGCGGAAUCAGCCACUGAAGAUUUUGGAAUCCAAGGAAAUUGAGACCCUGGUGGCUGAAAUUGAGAAAGAAAAAGAGGAGGAGGCGGAAAAGAAGAAGCAGAAAAAGUCCACUUGAAACAGUUAAUUGAGAGGUUUUUCUUUAUUGCACUUGGAUGACAGUAGCAUACUUGGGUUGCAAAUAUUUGACCAUUUUAGAGGUUUUACUCCUCAUUUAUUUCAUUGUAAGGAUCUAAAUCAUCACUUGAGAUCUGUUGAUGUUCACAUAUUUUGAACAUGCUUCUGAGUGAUACUGUACCAUUUGCAAAGAAUAUCUAGUUCCUAUACUUCCAAGCUCUUGUUGACUGAUGUUUAAAAGCACAGACGUAGAUCUCAAGUUAGGAUUUAGAUCUUAAACUACGCUUAGAGGAUGGUUUUUAUAUCAUUCAUCAAACACCUCGGAUGGUGAUAAAUCUCAAAUGUUCAAAUAAAUCGUUCAGAAACAUUCAGCAUACAUUCAACAUAAUGAAACUAAAUACUCAAUAAAAGCUGACUCGUUUGUA